AAGCCAUGCACGCCGGCCAUGGCGACUAUGGACUACGUUGAGAUACCCUCGUACGCGACGCGACUGCAGUCAAAUGUGUCGUCGUCGUCGAAUGUGCGCCCGGCUACGAAGAUAACCACGUCCCUCCCGAACCCCGAAUCGUCGCCCGUGCUCUCGCCGCUAUCCGCUGGCCUUCCCAGUCCGCCCGCCAAGGGUCCACUUGCACUCAAUCUGCCGCAGAUUCUGCUUUCUACUCUUCCGAACCCCCCGCCGGCGCCUAGAAAUGCUGCGACGGGGGCUCCGCAGGGUCAGCUACUGAGCACCCGCGAUCCGCUCUCUAUCCCCAUAACUUCGGUCAACUUUCGACGGUUUGUGUCGAAAAGUGGGCCGAUAUUCUGGCUGCAGGAUAGGAUUGAGGAGGUGGUUAUGUGGAGGAAGGGCUGGAAAGUUACGGGAGUGUGGAUGUCCGCUUAUGCCUUUCUGUGCUACUUUCCCCGUCUUAUCUUACUUCUACCUCAUGCCGUCCUUUUGGGCAUCCUACUCGUGAACCACCCUUCGAGAAAGUCGGGCUCCGCAUCUGUGCGUGACAAUGACUCUACCAUUCCACCGCCGCCAUCAUCCGCUGGAGAAGGGAGUGUAGAUUGGCUUGCCAACCUCCAAGCAAUCCAGAAUCUUAUGGGAUUUGUGUCUGACGCGCACGAUUUCGUGUAUCCCGUUGUCCCACACCUCACAUACUCCACGCCAUCCACCUACCCCCUCCUCGCUUUUACAACGAUAUCCUUCCUCCUCCUUCUCCCCCUCGUCAGCCUUCUCCCCGUGCGCCCUAUGUUCCUUGUCCUCGGUAUGGCUCCCUUUCUCGUAACACAUCCCUUUGUCCGAGCGCGUAUUUACCCGCUCGUCCGCGCAUUCCUCUCACUAUCCCCCUCCAGCCCCGCUCCGCUCCCACAGCAUAUCGUGCAAUCGCGGAAACACAUUUAUACCACGAUCAUCCGCGCGCUCGAUGACGACCGCUUGGAAGACCGGCACUGGCGCAGCGAGCUGAGGGAGGUCGAACUGUGGGAGAACGAGCGAUGGAGCGGUUCGGCGAGCAUUGGCAGCGAUGAGAACAGCGCAGCAGUGCUUGGCACCUGGAGCAAGACAAACCUGCGAGCGACAGACCGGAGUGCGUGGACGAGAGGCAGGGACGGAUGGGGAGGCAUGCAGAUGGACGGGAGCGGUGAUGUCAGUAGCAACCUCACGUUCUCGCUCGCACCUGGCUGGGCAUUCGUGGAGACCGAGGACUGGCGGCCAGACAUUGAGGCCUCGUGGGCGCCGGCUGGCUCAGAUGACCACGGCUGGGUGUACACAAACGACGCUUGGCAGGAUCCCCGUCCCGCGCCGCUCGAGGGGUGGCAGGCAGGCGGUGUGACCAGGAGACGGAGAUGGGUGCGGAGGAUCUAUUAUAAUCCGGCGCUAUCUGUAUAGAUACCCCAUUGAAGUACAGAGCUUAUACACCGUUACACGCCCC